AGUGACAAGUUGUUUUUCAGUUUUCAGCUUGCAGAUGGCUGGGAAGGAGGUCAAGAUGUGUUGUUUAUAUGAUUGACAAUUUGAGUUUCGAUGGAUAUAAAGUUUCAAGAGCGUUGUGAGGGUCGGUGAAGUACACAGGUGCCAAAAAAUGCAGGGAGACGAUCCUCCAUAUUUGGCUGUUGGCACGGAAGUCAGUGCCAAAUACAAGGGUGCUUUCUGUGAAGCCAAAGUUCGCAAGGUUGUUCGCAGUGUUAAAUGCAAGGUUACUUUCAAGCAAGGUUUGGGAACUGCGACAGUGACAGAUGACCAUAUACGUGGGACACUUAGGGUGGGAGCUGUAUGUGAAGUAAAGCAUCCUGAAAGAAAAGAACAACUAGAAGCUACAAUUACUAAGAUUCAGGAUUGCAGUCAGUACACAGUCGUAUUUGAUGAUGGGGAUAUCACCACAUUGAGGCGAAGUGCAUUAUGUUUAAAGAGUGGUAGACACUUUGCGGAAAGUGAAACUCUGGAUCAGUUGCCUCUUACGCAUCCUGAGCAUUUUGGUAAUCCUGUCAUUGGAGGCCGCAAGGGUCGAAGAAGUCGUCAGGCACAGGAUGACAGCAGUGAUGAAGAUGAAGAGAGUCAACGCAAGGGAAAGAAGAAGGAGGAGAAAGAAGCUGAUAUUGGAAAAGUUGUUUGUGUAGAGCUUGGAGACAAAAAGAAACAGAAAGAUAAUUGGUUUCCAGGUCUUGUAGUGGCACCAACUGCCCAAGAUACAGUACGCAUCCGUGUCCGUGAUGAAUAUUUAGUGCGAUCAUUCAAGGAUGGCAGAUAUUUUACAGUUCCAAAAAAGGAGGCCACUGAAUUCACCAGGGAGAUAGGAGGGAAGGUUGAUAAUAAUACCCUAAAGACUGCGGUUGAAAAGGCAUUACAGUUUCUUGACAAAGAGGAAUUGCCACCUCACUGGGACCGUGACCUGCUGUUUGGUCUGGAUGAAAGUAGUGCAAAUAGUGAUGGAAUUGACAGUGACGGCUCGGAUGAUGAACCACGGGAAGAAAAGGACCAUUUUGUGGCCCAGCUGUACAAAUUUAUGGAUGAUCGUGGCACUCCCAUUAAUAAAGGGCCUGUUAUUUCUGGAAGGGAUGUUGACCUUUAUAAACUUUUCAAGGUUGUUGACAAACUUGGUGGAUAUAAUCGUGUCACAAAUCAUAAUCAGUGGAAGACAAUCACUCACAAGUUGGGGUUUGGUGAUGUUAGUGGCAAUACGAACCUGGUUAAAGUUGCAUAUAAAAGAUUCUUACAUAGCUUUGAAGAUUUCUAUCGAAAGUUAGGUUGCACUAUGGUUAAUCACCCGAGGGGGAACAGGGCUCGCCAUCGUGGAGGCCGUAGCCUCAUAAGGGAUAGAGAUCGUGCAACUCCAGUCAAUACUUUGAAAGAAAAGGACAAAGAAAAAGAUAAGGAAAAGGAAAAAGAAAAAGAGAAGGAAAAGGAGAAGGAGAAGGAAAAGGAGAAAGAGAAAGAGAAGGAAAAGGAAAAAGAGAAGGAGAAAGAGAAGGAAAAGGAAAAAGAGAAGGAGAAAGAGAAAGAGAAGGAAAAGGAAAAGGAUAAAGUAAAGGAAAAGGGGAAGGAUAAGGAAAAAACAAAAGAAAAGGACAAAUCAAAAGAGAAGGGAAAGGAAAAGGAGAAAGAUAAAGAAAAGGAAAAGCUACCUGCAGUUAGUGAGAAAUCCACAGAAGUCACAUCAAAGCAGCUGGCUGUGACUGCAGUGAGUGAAAAGGAGCAACCAAAACAAUCUUCAGUAGAUGAGAAGAAACCACCAGAACAGCAGUCUUCCAGGACCAAAGAAAUAAAAAAGGAAAAAGUCAAAGAAAAGAUUGACUUGACUAAAGAAGAGAAGAAGACUGAGAAAUCAAAGGUGAAGAAUGAAGAGAAAGUAAAAGUCGAAGAUAAAACAAAGCAGGAAGAGAAGAAACAACAAAUAAAGCAAUAUGAAAAGGAUAAGCAAAUAAAACUGGAAGAGAAAAGACUGGAAGAAAAGAUAAAAACAGAAGAAAAAGUUAAAAUUGAAGAUAGGGAUAGUUCUAGAGCACUGGUUCGUAAGGAGGAACAUACCAAAGAGAAGGAAUUACGAGGUAGAAUAGAUCGUGGGCGAUCUCGUAAAGAAGAGCCAGCUAUUGGCCCAGAGAAACAGUCUGAAAACAUUCAGGUUGUGAAACAGGUAGAGGAAAAAAAUAAAGGAAACACUUCCAAUGAAGAGGAUAUUUGCAAGAAGACUGUCAAAGUUGAAAAAAUACCAGACAAAAAACAGGAUGAAGAUGACAAGGUACGCAAUAAGAUUAAAGAGGAUACAUCGAAUCAAACAAAGAAAGAGUCUCCAAUUUCACCACAAGGGAGGGAAAGUCGUACACCAUCAAGAGAAAAAGCGCCAAUGUCACAUUCACCUCGUGCACCUGUGAAGAAAGAGGACAAUUCUUCCGCUGUACUCGCCUCAGAUUCACCAUUGUCAGGUCCAAAAAAGCGAGGUCGUAAACGCAAGGACACGGAAACCAACCUUGAGGAUGCAUUGUGCCAUAUUGGAAAUAGUGUGACUAUUAAUGUUGGAGACAAGCUGAAAGUGUAUUAUGGACCAACUCAAGAUUCAAACAAAGUUACAUAUGAAGCAAAGGUGCUAGAAAUUGAGGACGACGAUCUGUUUCUGGUCCAUUAUACUGGCUGGAACACUCGUUACGAUGAGUGGAUCAAGCGUAGCAGAAUUGCUGACAAUCUGAGCUGGAGUCCAACUAGAGCGAAACGUGUGAAGCAGCAAUCACAGGUUCAGGGUGCUCGUCAAACUCCUAGCCGCCGUGGGAGACCUUCACGUGAUUCUGUUUCGUCAACAACAGCUCCUCCACGACCUCGCUCUACUACUCCAUCUUCUGUCACGUCUUCUUCUAGUCGGAACAAAUCCCCAGGGAGUGGUGGACGCAGUGCUUGUGCACAGAGUGGAAAUAGCUCCACCAGAGGUCGUGGGCGACCUCCCUGUCGACGAAGGACUAGAAGAUCUUCUGCACAUACUGAUAUAUCUCUCGCAUCUGAAACAGAGAGUGACGGAUUUGAUUCUGAACAGGAAAUAGAGCUUGCAAGGCUUCGUAGUGGUAAUGAAAAAGUAAUAUCUUCCAUAGCAAGUGUGGAAAAUGAUGAAAUGAAGCAAGAAACUAUAUCAUUUAAAGAGCAAUAUGCAAUUAGUAAGGCUGAAGUAUCAUUUUCCAAAGAUGAUGAUGAAAGUAUAGGGGGUAACUAUGUCCUCAGAAGUAAAGGCAUUGCAGAGCCCUCGUCCUCACUUGAGGAGGAGGAGGAGGAGGAGGCUGACGAUAGUAGUAUUCCUGCUACUCCUGAGCCUGAAAAUCAGAACUUGUGUAAACGACGUACAAGACGUGCAUUUCAUUGUUUAGAUAUCAAAACGGAAACAGACAGCGAUGAAAAUGAACCAAGAGGUCGUGAUUUUGAUCUGAAUGAGAUACGCUCUGAACUGAAGGGCAUAGAGAAAACCGUCAAGGUCUUACCAGAUGUUGAAGAAUGUAUUAUUCCUCUUGAGAUUAAAACAGAAGUUACCAUACACAUACCAGAACAAGAAAAGAGCCUUGCAUCUUUAAUAGCUGAUAAUUCCUCUCUCAGAAAGCUUCCUGAAAAGUUAUGUGAGACUGUUGCAGAUGAUAUUUACGAAUUCAAAGAACCAGAACCAUUCGAAUUGGAAGUUCGACCAAAGAGAGAAUCGUCACUUUUUGAUGACAGAUCUUGCAAGGGCAGUCGACGAUCGGUAAUCCCUCGAAUAUUUGAAGAUGUUGGAUCAUCGUCUCCUCCAAAAUCUGAUAGAUCACCUCAAAGGAAAAAGUCAACACACACAAAAAAUGGCGAGUCUUCGGACUCUGAAACAAAAAAGAAGUUAUCUCACAUUGUUCAAAAAUCGGAUGAUGAUUCUAUUUCAGCUCUUGAUAACACAUUACUAUCUUCUUCCAAGAGUCAUGGAGUUUGUGAAGAUGCUUUUGAUAAAUUGUGUGUGUCACCUUCUUUCAGACUAGUGAACAGCAGACCAGCUUCAAGGAGCAGUGUCAGUGGAAUUGGCAGUAUUAGCCUCUUUGAUGGUGAUGACUGUGGUCACGAUGCUGACGAUGACGAUGAUGAUGAUGAUGAUGGUAAUGAUGCUGAUGCUGAUAUUGAUGAUGACGAUGAUGACAAUGAAAAUGAUGAUGAACAGCUUGGUACAAUUAGAUCUGAACCACUAUUUUCAUACCCACAACGUAAUCAUGAGGAUCUUCUGCCUCCUCCUUCUGAAGAUGAAUUUACUUUUGGAGGGCAGAUACGUCCACCUUCUAGCAACAUGGGCGGCAGGUCAUCUGAUAGUCAUCCAGCAUCAGCAAACGAGUCUCCAGAGGAAGUCAUGAAUAUGAUUCUCAAAGAGGCAGAAUAUGAAGAUGACACAAUUAGUGCAGCCAUUCAGCGUGUUAUUGAUCAGUCAAUUAUGGAUGAUGAUGAUCAAGAAAUAGAUCUGUUCGGAAAGAGUGGACCUCCAACACCACCACCCCCUGCACCACCACCACCUGCUCCUCCUCCACUUGACGUGAGAGAGGCAAGGAGCAGAUUUGCUGCUGCUGUGGAUUCAUCUGAUACUGAUAGCAGUGAUGAAGAAUCCAGGCUUGUAAUAGCACCAUUGGAUGAGGAGGAAGAAGAAGAAGAGGAGGAGGAUGAGGAUGAUAAUCAAGAGGAGGAGGAAGAUGAUGGUGAUGACGAAGAGGAAGAAGAAGAAGAGGAGGAGGAAGAAGAAAAUGGUAGUGAGAGGGGAUCACCACAGGCUACUACAGAAGUGGGGUCCUCAACUGAUGGUUCUUCUGACAUACCAAGUAUGACGGCAGGUGCAGGAAAGUCAAUUCCAGAAACUGCAGUAACAAUUCCAGAUUCUGUGGAAGUUGAAAUGCCUGUCCUUUCAGAAGAUACACCUGUCAUUAUAGAAACGUUACCAACACAAAUCAUUGCAGAAGAGAAUGUGCAAUCAGCAACAAUUGAUCAUCAGAGAGAAGCUCUGACUGCUUCUGUAAGCUCAGUAUCAAAUGACUCUGAAAGCGAUUCAGUAAGUGCUAUGGAAAAUCCUAUUAGGGAAAGUAUGCCACAAUUAUUUUCAGCGUACGACAAAGCAGUUCUCAAUGCUGCAUCUGUCAGAAAGGAUUCCAGUACCUGUGAAAUGCAAGAUGGUGGCUCCAUAGAUGAAGAGAUGAAAAUGUUGGAGAGGGGGGAGAUUGUGCAACAGGAGAUUGAAGUUGGUGAAGCAGAUCUUCUGGACACUGCAGUAAUGCCAGAGAGCCCAAAAAGGCGUCGACUUGACACAGAUCUUGCUGAGUGUGAAGACUGCAGUGAAGUUCCUUCCUUUGACCACUGCAGUAAUAAAGCUGCUUAUGCUGAACAGCAAGCUUUGGUGAAAUCAGAUGAUACCAAGAUAUUGCAGGAUGAUAUCAUAUUGUUAUCACAAAAGGAGGGAGAGCUGGAAGAUGAAGAUGAACUAGUGCAACAGCAAGUGCAGGAGGAAGAGGAGGAGGAUGAGGAGGAGGAACAAGAGCAACAGCAGCAGCACUCUCAAGAAGAGGAGGAAGAAGAUGAAGAAGAAGAAGAAGAGGAAGAAGAAGAAAAUGAACAGGAGCAGCAACAACAACAACAACAACAACAACAACAGGAACGAGAGGAGGAGAACAGUGAAGUAAGCAAGGAGGAAGGAAAUGACGAGCAGGUUGACCAGCAAGACCAGCAGAAGCAAUUGCAUUCGCCACAGAAACAGCAAGAUAAUAAACACGAACAAAAAUGUGGGUGGGAAGAAAAUGAAAGGAAAGAUGAGGAUGGAGAGGAGGCAGAAAGAGAGGUUGAAGAGGAAGAAAUAAUGGAGGAGGAGGAAGAAGAAGAAGAGGAGGAAGAGGAAGAAGAUGGCGAUGAUGAGGAUGAUUGUGAUGAAAAUGAAAAGAGUGAUCAACAGAAACACCAAAAGCAACAGUUACAUCACCAGAAUGAUGAAACAGGAGACGAAGAGUUACGAAAAAAUAGGACCAGAGAACAAGACGUGGUAGUUUGUGGUGAAAGUAAUAGUGAUUCCAGAGAUGUUAUUCUUUUAAAAGCAAGGACAGAAGAAGUGUUAGAUACAAGUUUUUCGUCACCUGUGGCUAUGUCGGACAAUGCUGUGACUACUCCAGUGUCAGAAGCUUCAGACCUGGUGCACAAACAAGAUAAACAGAUGGCUCCCAGUAUUGUCACAGAUCCUGCUACAUGUUUACUCCCAGAAAAUGCUGCGCCAUUAGUUGCAGAGGAGGUAGAGGCACUGGAAGAGGCCGCAGAAGAUUGUGAGGUUGAAGGUGACUGUCAGGUCCUGGGCUCUUUGUUGUGUCAGGAAACUAUACCAGGAUCUCCUGCAGCUGUUCAGCCAACACAAGAUGAGGAGACGGACUCCCAGAUAGCUGCAGUGGAUGAGAUGCCAUUUGCCAGUGUUCCUGGCUCCAGUCCUGGGCCAGCACGCACCAGCAGCCCGUCGAGGUGUCAUUCGCGACCGUCACCGCCCCCAUCAGCUGAAGUAUCUCUGCCGGUUCACCCAGCACCAGUUGCCGGUGUCUCUGGAAAUAAGAGGGAUGCUGCUCCUGUCAUGGAUAAUACACCUCCAACCACACCUGACAGCAGUCUAUCCACAAUAUCUGAUGAAAGAGGAGGGCUGUCACCAAAUCUGGAUAAUGACAGCUCUAAAUCUCAUAGAGACUCUUUUGAAAUUGAUUUGGAUAGUUGUGCUGAUGGAACAAAAGGAGAGCAUUUCAGUGAGGAUGAUUCGCUAUUAAACAUAGAAGUUCCAAGUGAAUGCCAGCAACAGUUACCACGUACGCCAGCUGGUACUUCUCCCGUGGCUGAAUCUACCACAACAAGUGGCAAAAAGCGCCGGAGAAGCAGAAAGCGUUCUGAAUGUGGCGAGACAAGCGCAAAGAGGCCAAGGGCAGGCCGCAGUCCUCGUCACAGCAUUUCAGUUGCAGUCUCUUCAGAUUGGAUAGGUGGUAAUAGCAGUGCAAGUGAUCGUGAAAGAGACAGACGGAACAACCUUAAUGGUGGCAGUGAUAGUGAUGAGCUUUCAGAGAGUUCAGCAAGUGGUAUUGCUCCUGACAGCACUGCAGCUACUCGUUCCCCCCGCCCUUCAAAGUACAACUUUUAUGUGGAACUUGCUCCAGAAUUGGAUGGUUCCCAGCGGAUUGCUCUGCUUCAGCAAAAACUUCAGGAGCUGCGGAAGACCUAUAUGAAUGUAAAGGCAGAACUGGCAUGUAUUGAUAGGCGGCGGAAGAAGCUGAGGCGAAGAGAACGGGAAGAAAAAGCUGCAAAACAGGAAGUCACUUGCUCAUGACGACAGCAGGAAUGCUCUUCAAGUCUGAACUGCCCGAGUGAAAUGAAAUAGUUUUCUAUUUUGUGUAUGUAUAUAUUAUACAUAGACAUUAUACAAAGUAAAAACAUAUUUUCUUGGCAAAUGUACAAAGUUAGUUUCUCAAACAUUUACUAAUGUUUUGAUGUCUCUAACCAUUAAUGAUUCUUUUUUUAAACUGUUGAGAUGUGGAGUUCCAUUAAAGCAAUAUUUUACUCAUAUUGCUGCAGUUGUGAAUGUAUGUUGUAUUAUAUGAUGAUAUUUUUAACUGAAAGAAAACCAUUUCCAACAAGCUCUUUGUUAGAGAAAAUAGAUUGUAAAGUUUACACUCAGAUUUAGUUUUAUAUGCUGAAUUCAUUACUGUCUGUAAUUUUAAAUUAAGUGCAAAAUCAUCGGGCACCGAUAAGAGUGAAUGGGAAAAAGUUGAAAGUUAGAGAGUUUUUAUAUGAAAAAGAAAAUAUAUGUAUACAUAUAUUUAUAUUUUUAUGUAAUGCUGACAAUUCUCCAUUGUGAAUGGCACAAAAAUGAUUGUAUUUAUUUGCAGUUCCUUUAAAUGUUCUUUCGUAUCUCACGUUCAUUAUUUUACAGUGUACAGUUUGAAUCAUGACCUUUGUACAGUAUCAUGUAAUUAUAACAGUAUAUUUUAUUUUUAAAAUAAUUAACAAUUAAGCAAAUAUUUUGUGAAAAUUUAUUCUUGUUUGUAUCAGUUUUGUCUUUGUUGCUUCCUUCCAAUCUUUCUUUCUGUCUUUCUUUUAUCUUUUUGAAUGUACUGACAGUAUUGCAGCAAUUCAUGUACUGUAGUUUUAUUGACAUUAUAAUUUGAAAUAGAACAACUUUUACAUUU